CAUGAGGACCCCUUCCUCAGGUGUGACCAACGCCUUUAUUUUCUCGAGCCUAGGAUUCUUUUCUUUUGAAUUAUUCGGAGAAGUUAGUGGCUGAUCGCGUAAUUUAUUUCCCUCAACGACGAAAGUAAGAAAAAAUUCAUCAAAAAAAAUAAACAAAAACAAAACGACUUGCUUACGUAGUUCGUGACCUCUCAUGACUCGAUGCACGCGACGAGAUGCACGUGCGCCUUUGGCCUCGUUAUGAGGUAGACGUCGUUCAUCUCUCUGACUCCUUUCCAAGCCCCUUUUGAUUUAAAUUGCUUCUCACGGUGGGGACUAAACACUUCAAUGGCAAAAUGGCGUCGAGACGGUUGUUGUUUGUUAAGGUUAUCGUGAGAAGAAAAAAACGCAGGAAAGUUUGUAAGAUUUGGCUACUUUAGUGGCCAUGUCUUCUUCAAAUCUGCCAAUGGGCAAAGUGUAUAGAACUGUGAGAACGUAACAACUCAUGAGGCCAGGAAAAGACAUUUAAAAGGCUCGUUUCUCCGUAUGUCCUGCGUUAAAUCAAGUAACAGAAACAUGUUGUGCGAUCUGUGCAACGAGAAAGCAGUGACGAGAUGCCCAUAUUGUAAAACUGCUCAGUAUUGUGGCGCGGAACAUCGAAAGAGCGACUUUAAAUUACACAAGAAAAAAUGUAUGGGGUUGCCUUCAGUGGAAAAGGAACAACAGUUUAGGGAAAAUAGGUUAAAUGGGUACACCCCGAUGGACUUACUUCAAAACAGGUUUUUCGAGCGAGCGGAGUUUGUCGUGGAUACGUUGAGAAAACAAGGUUACUGUUAUCUAGACGAUUUUCAUGGUGAAGACAUUGCACUAAAAAUCCUCAGCGAAGUAAAGAACUUACAUCACAGAGAGAAGUUUACAGACGGAGAAUUAGUAUCUUCAAAUGGGAAUGGUAGUAUGUUAAACAAGAAAAUACGGGACGAUAAGAUAGCUUGGAUAGAUGGUAAAGAGGAAAAUUGCCAAGCCAUUUCGCAUCAUAUGACAACGGUGAAUACUUUGAUAAGAUUCUGCAAUGGACUUAUUGAAGAAUACGACAUAGAACACAGGACAAAGCAGGCAAUGGUGGCAUGCUAUCCUGGUCAGGGUACAUGUUACAAAAGACAUGUAGACAACCCCAAUAAAGAUGGACGCUGUAUAACAACACUGUACUAUUUAAACCCAGGAUGGACAGAGGAGAAAGGAGGUAUGCUAAACCUUUAUCCAGGAGGCAGUGAAGAGCCAGUGAAAAUUUUACCCAGACUAGACAGGUUACUCCUGUUUUGGUCAGAUCGCAGAAAUCCACAUGAAGUGGCACCCUCUCAUGACGUGAGAUACGCUAUCACACUAUGGUAUUUUGAUAAAAAUGAAAGAGCUAGGUUUAGAAAAAAACAAGAAGAGGAGGAAAGGAAAAAAGCAAUUUUUAGCGGACAGGUACAAUACUUAAGUCAUGCUUUAACAAAUGGUCAUUUUAAAUUUUUAAAAUAUUAAUCUGAAGAGUACCCCAGUACUAAAUAAACUUCUUUACAGAAGAAGUACCCUUUUGACCCACAUAUAAAAUUCUCCUACAGAACAUCAGUAGGUUAAAGUCAAGCUCUCUUUUUUUUUUUAAGGAAAAUGGCAGCAACGAAGGAGGAGGCAACCAAGACCAGGAAAUUGCAGGAAGUAGUUGAGAUGUACAUGCUGUUAACUUGUGACAAGAAUUCUCAAUUGUAGUGAUUGAACUCUCCCAGUCUGUGUUAAAAAAAAAUACUUUGAAGACUGAUGCUUAGAAGAUUUCCUUUGUGUACUUUAUUAGCCAAACUUAAUAUGUAACUGAUAAAAUGAGAAAGAAAAUAAUGCUGUAAGCUUUGUUUACUGUUCAUCAAUAGGCUGUUGUAGGCAUUCAGGUAGGAAAACUGGGCCAAAAUAUAAAUGGCAUGAUAGCAGUGACAGAGCAAUAAUGAGGAAGGGUUGGGUCAUUCACUAUGCUACUCAACCCUUGUUUUGUUUUUGUUUUCACUCCUUUUCUGCUCUUGUGCUGUUAGCUCUUUAACUCCCAGUGCAGUGAUUAACAUGAAACUUCUCUCAGUGAUAUCCAUACAUUAUUCAGCAAACAGGUAAUGAGAAUAUUCAAACCUAUCAGGAAGAAGCUGCUAUCUUGAUCUAGCACCAAGUUCUCAUAACUAAUUUACAAGGAAAUGUGUAGCAGCUACAGGGGAGAAUUAACAAUCAGAUUUUGGGAGUUAAAGAGUUAACUAUCUCACUUUGGUUUCCUAACUGAACAGUCUGCCUGGAACAGAGUUAGUGCUUUAAAAGAAUCUACCUCAAACAAUAAUGAAUCAGUUGUAUAAGCACUAGUAAUGUGUUAAGGUGGCUUUGAAAGGAGCUCUGAGAGGAAAGGUAAAUGCUUAACAUACAAAACAACAAGGGAAAAAUUAUAAUAUGUUGUUUUUGUGUUGAACAUGGAUAGCUUCUCAAUGUGAUGUUCUUUUUGCAUGUACUCCAUGUAAGAAGUCAAUUUCAGAGGCACCUUACAAUUUUUGAAAUGUUAUACUUCUAAAUUUGUACAUCUGGUGGCACAUUAGAAUGUUUGUUCCACUGUGUACAAAAUGUUGUGUAACAGUUUUAUAGAAAUGUGAUUGUGGAAUUAUCUUAACUUACUGUAACUAGCUUUAAAGAUUCUGUUUCAGUUUUUUUUUGGAAUUCUUUUAUUAAUUGAGCCCUGAGGACCCUGCUUUUAUUUAUAUAACUAAAUCUUUUCAGAUGCAAAAUUAUGAAAUCCAACUUUUUCAUCUUAAAUGGCUCUUACUUAGUUUUGUAGCAUAAGAGGGAACUGGCAUAACUUAUCAUUAACAUAUCAUUAACAUAUAUGACAUAUGUAAACUUCUGCACAAAAUAGAAACUGUUUAGUGUUCAGAAAGCUACCUGAAGUGAUUACAUUGUAAGUGAUGAGUCUGGCUUCCUGUUAGGAUACCUUUUUCACACGAGGAAUCCAUUUUGUCAGCUUUGCUUAAAAUAAUUUCAGCAUUAAUUGACUGGUAAAAUCCUUAAAUUGUAUAAUAUUAUAUCAUACACGACCAGAUGGAUAUGCAAUUUAUUUGUUGCCAAUCUGCUGAACACACAAGACUGAUUCCUCUAUGUUUAAGAGGUGACCAAUCCCACCUACCAUAAAUUCAAAGCUUUUCAGUUGAUGGCAAAAGGUAGAAAUAUAUAGCAUUACUAAUGGCUAUUUUACUGUGAGGCCCAAGAAAAAUAUCUUAACUUUAAAAAACAUACAGUCAUAUCUUGGUUUAUAUAUAUAUAUAUAUCAGCAUGGUUAUCAUAAAUUGUUCUCACACUGUGAGGAUGAAAAAGUUGGAAUGGUAAAGGCAGUUUGACUGCAAGGUAGCGCUUGCCUAACAAAGAUUAAUGUUUAGAUUUAUAUCUGGGAUAGGUUAACAACAAUGCAUUUUAUGGUUUAGUUCCUAAAUGAGAAGAAAAACAGCAAUUUAAAAAGUCUUAAAUACUCAACACUUUAUUGUUGUUAAAUAUUUCCUAAUGUGCUUAAAGUAAGGAUGAAAAAUAUGUUGGUUUGAAUCAAAAGAGAGCUAAAUUUGCUGCUUUGGAAAUGUGAAUAUGUGCAUCUGUGUAUUGUUUGCAGAUUUGCCUGCUGUCUUAUCAAAAAAAUAAAAGUCACAUCAAGAAAUUAUUAAAUAAAUGUACAUUGAAACUAA